GACUCGUGACGUGCAACCAAAACACCGUAACCAUGGGCAGGAUCAUCUUCUACGAGGACAGGAACUUCCAGGGUCGCUCCUACGAGUGCAUGAGCGACUGCUCCGACAUGUCCUCCUACCUGAGCAGGUGCCAGUCCUGCCGGGUGGAGAGCGGCUGCUUCAUGGUGUACGAGCGCCCCAACUUCAUGGGGAACCAGUACUUCAUGAGGAGGGGCGAGUACUCGGACUCCAUGAGCAUGAUGGGCAUGCGGGACUGCAUCAGGUCCUGCCGUUCCAUCCCCAUGCACAGAGGCCAGUUCCGGAUCAAGAUCUUCGAGAGGGAGAACUUCAGCGGCACCAUGCACGAGCUGCACGAGGACUGCGACAACAUCAUGGACCGCUUCCGCAUGAACGACUGCAUGUCCUGCCAGGUGAUGGACGGCCACUGGCUGCUGUACGAGCAGCCCCACUUCCGCGGCAGGAUGAUGUACAUGAGGCCCGGCGAGUACCGCAGCUUCAGGGAGAUGGGCAUGAGCAACAUGAGGUUCAUGAGCAUGAGACGCAUCAUGGACUCCUGCAACUGAACGUCUGUAUCGGCCAACAUCGAGUCGUAUUAAAACUGAAGGAUGGAAUCACUAAUCAUCUUGAGUGCUUUCUUUCAUAUGAAUUUAUCAAUGGAUAAAGAUAAUAUUCACAUAGCUUAAUUGACCUUGGAACGGUGGGGUGCCGACCUUGGAGUGAGACUUCAUGGCAUGCGGGGCAAACGUACGCUUGGCCCAGUCGGGCGUACCGCAACACGCCGAUACCGACUGCUAGUU